AUGUUUUUCGAUUGCUUUUCCAGUGCUCGCAACGCGUCCACAGAAGUGCCGACGUUAUGUCUGAAUAAUGGAUCUAAAAUGCCCGCUCUGGGCUUAGGUACUUGGGGUGCUACUGAAGGUUAUCAAUGCAUCGAAAAGUUUGACGCAUCUGAAGCUCCCGCCACGGGACGGACAAAACCCGAAGAAAUGGUUGACGCAAUGAAAUGUGCUUUAGAUAUUGGUUACCGACUUGUCGAUACGGCUUUCUUAUACAAAAACGAACAACAAAUCGGUCAAGUCAUUAAAGCGAAAAUUGAAGAGAAAACCCUUAAGAGGGAAGACAUCUUUGUUGUUACAAAAUUAUGGAAUAGCUUUCAUAAUCCGAAAAAUGUUAAAACUGCUUGUGAAAAAAGUCUCAAGAACUUGUCGAUGGACUAUAUCGAUUUGUAUUUAAUGCAUACACCAAUGGGAGCACAGCUCACCGAUGAUCCUUACAAUUUUUCUUCCGUUAACAAAGAUGGGAAACCCUCAUUUACCGACGACGAUUACAUUUGUACAUGGCAGGCAAUGGAAGAUUUAGUAGACAAGUGCUUCUGCAAAAGCAUUGGCAUUUGUAAUUUCAAUUUAGAUCAAAUGAAACGAUUAAUCCAACAUGCGAAGAUUAAACCGCAAGUCUUGCAAAUGGAACUUCAUCCAUAUCUUACGCAAAAAGAAUUAUGCGAGUAUUGUAAAUGUCAUAAAAUCAUUAUAAUGGCGUAUUCACCGCUCGGUUCGCCGUCGCGACCCUGGGCCGGCAAAGAUACACCAAAAAUUCUUUUGCAGGAAAAACCGGUCUUAAAUAUUGCCGAAAAGCAUAAUAAAACGCCUGCACAAGUACUUAUAAGAUAUCCAAUUGAUUUAGGUUACGCCACCAUACCGCAAUCGGGCAAAUCUGUGGAAUUUAUGAAAGAAAAUUUUGAUGCACUUAACUUUAAAUUAUGCCCCGAAGACAGCCGCUGGCCAUCCACAUCAUCCAUUUGGACUGUAAAUGCUCUUUUGCAAGAGAUUUUUACUGAUUGCCGGAAUCUUUAUUUUAUAUAA